AUGAGGGAGAUUUACACCACCAACACAAUUGGACCCCUGCUGAUGGGUCAGGCAUUUCUGCCCUUGCUGAAGAAGGCUGCCCAGGGCAGCCCAGGCUCAGGGCUGAACUGCAGCAAGGCUGCCAUAGUCAACAUAUCCAGCAUUGGUGGUUCCAUCGCUUCUGCCUUUGGUUGGGAGUUGAUGCAAGUCACCUCAUACCGCUGCAGCAAGGCUGCUCUGAACAUGCUGAGCAAGUGCCAGUCCCUGGCGUACAAGGAGCACGGCAUCCUCUGCGUCGCUCUCCACCCCGGCUGGGUGCAAACCGACAUGGGCAGCGCUGCCGGACACGCGCCCCCAGUGACAGUGGAUGACAGCGUGCAAGGGAUGCUGAAGGUCCUCUCCUCCCUCUCUGAGAAGGACACCGGCACCUUCC